UCUAAAAAAAAAUGAUAGCAGAUGCGUACCUUGGUUUUACAUUUGAAAUAUAUGUAAAAAGUUGCCAGGUCGUAUAAGUAGUGCAAUUAUUGAACCGUUCACACGUGUCUAAAUACAAAAUAUUAAAUACAUUUUAAAAUCGUUUAAACGUUAUCGUGUACGGCAUUUGUUACAUGAAUUGUGUUGUGACAAGCCUAAAAUGUUAUUAAAAUUAUUAUUUUUAUUGCUUUUCGUUGUAAUCGAUCGUUGUGUUAGCUCUGGUUCUCAAAAAUUGCUCUUAAGCGUCUAUUAUGAGAGUAACUGUCCAGACAGUAAAGCAUUUAUUCUCAAUCAGCUGCAACCAGCAUUCCAGUUGCUCCACGACCACAUGACGAUCAAGUUUGUGCCAUUUGGGAAAGCAAAGAGUAUAAACUUUGGCGAUGGCGGCUUCCAAUGUCAACACGGGCCUUCAGAAUGCCUUGGGAAUAUAGUGCAGGACUGUAGCUUGCAUUAUAUGAACGAACAACCCGACAAAGACAAAUUGACAUACGUCGCUUGCGAAAUAAAGACUCGCUCUGCAUCCCAAGGAAGAUACGAUUGCGUUGAAAAAGCGAAUCUGCCCACUAACUUGAUCGACGAAUGUAUAUUCCAUGGCAAAGGAACGUCUUUACAGUUAGAAUCUGAAUACCUCACAAGUCUAGUCAACCACAAAUUUAUACCGACUGUGACAAUCAAUGGAGUAUAUGACCAACAGUUUCAAGACGAUGCUCAGGUAGACCUCAUCGGCACGUUAUGCUCCCUCUUAAAAGGAGUCCAGCCCUGUUCUCAGUACUAUAAUUACAUGGCACUACGCAAUCUCAUGUCAACAAAAUAUCCACUGAUGACAUAAAAGAAAAUUCUUAUAAUAUAUAACAACAUUUUCUAUUCUUAAUCCCAAAAUCAAUGAAUAAUCAAAUAUACAAGUAUCAUUUAUUAUAAAUAAAAUGGCAUAAACUUAAUACUCAAGAAGGCAAGUUGUCAACAAUCCACCUAUAAUAAUGUGCGAUGUUUGUAUACACGCUGGGGAUGCCUUCACUGCCACAGUUGUCCGACCCGAAGGAUACAAUACCAAUCUAAAAAUAUGAAGAUAAGAACAAAAAAAAUUAUAUAGAAACAUCCGUUUAUAAACGUAAUACAAAUAAAGAAUUUAAUAAGCUAUUCAAUGUUUACAAUUAAAUGACAUUAACUAUGGCCCUGAAUGUCUUCUUUAACAAUUACUGUAUUUUGGAGAGACUUGCGACUUUCAACCUCUUCCUUGAAAGUUCC